UUUUCUCUUCUGAUGCCGUUAUUACCAACGUUUCAUAACGCUGAAACCAAACCUAAAGAAGGGUUAGCAAAGAGGAGUUUUGAUCAAGUUGGAAGCUCUCCGGCUAACGAUAUAGUUAUUAACGUUAGUGAUUAUGGUGCAACAGGCGGUGGAGCUGACGCUACUUUGGCAUUUGAGAAGGCAUGGAAAGCAGCAUGCUCUGCCACCGGCCCUGCUACUUUAGUGGUGUCAAAUAAGACGACGUAUCUGCUUAAAGCUAUAGUUUUUUCUGGCCCAUGCAAAUCAAAAGUUUAUUUACAGAUAGAAGGAACGAUAGAAGCUUCAUCGAACGCAGCGGAUUGGAGCAGCGAGAAUAGAAUGAUGUGGAUGCUCUUCAGCCAUGUAGAUAAUCUGAUAGUGGGAGGCGGCGGCACUAUCAACGGUAAUGGUCAGGUUUGGUGGCCAAAGUCUUGCAAAAUAGAUAAAUCUCAACCAUGCACGGUUGCUCCUACGGCCUUAACUUUCAGAUCAUGCAAUUACUUAACAGUGAAGAAUCUGAACUUGAAAAAUAGCCCACAGAUUCACAUCAAAUUCGAUACCUGCAGAAAUGUUACUGCGGCAAGCAUCAACAUUGAAGCGCCGGAGACGAGUCCAAACACAGAUGGAAUUCAAGUCGCAGAAACCAAAUAUAUACAGAUAAAUCAUUGCAAUAUAGGAACUGGUGAUGAUUGCAUUGCCAUUGUAAAUGGAUCUCAAAGUGUCAGAGUCACCAGCACUGUUUGCGGUCCUGGCCAUGGUAUCAGUAUUGGGAGCUUAGGAGCUAAUAAUUCCGAAGCUUAUGUAUCAGAUGUUACGGUAGACAAUGCACAACUUCGCGGCACUACUAAUGGAGUCCGGAUUAAGACAUGGCAGGGUGGGAAGGGCAAUGCAGAGAACAUUAUAUUCCAGAAUAUUAACAUAGAUGACGUCCAGAAUCCAAUAAUCAUAGAUCAGAAUUACUGCGACGAAACGACGCCAUGCAAGCAGCAGGGCUCUGCAGUGCAAAUAAGCCAUGUGCACUAUAAGAACAUUAAGGGAACAUCUGGUUCCACGUAUGCAACAAAUUUCAACUGCAGCAACAGUUUUCCAUGCAACGACAUCGUUUUAGAAGACAUCAAUAUAACGGCUGCUGAUGAUGUUCCUGCUGUUAAAAGCUUCUGCAACAAUGUCCGCUGGAGUAAGAUAGGAACAGUGCUUCCAACUCCAUGCAAGCUGAAUCAUAUACAUGAAUUUGGGCUUCCAUACUUUGGCCAUCAAGACCCCGUUGAUGAUUAUUAA